UUACUUGCGUGACAUUGUUCGUUAAUUGGUUAAUUGAGGAAUAGAUCCUUUGAAGGCUUUAUAUAUGGUAUCUGGAGCCAAGCAUAAAAGUGUGGCUCAAUGCGUGUUCGAUUGCGGCAAUUUGAGCUCCAAGGUUUUAGCCUGUUCCUUCUGACAAAGUAACAUUUUUCGAUAAAUAUGACCGAGUCUUUUUUUAUAUCGAUCAUCAAAUUUCCUAUCGACUGAUGUCUAUCGUUUCGUUCCAAUGCCGCCAGAAUCAAACGAAGAAGAGGGCCAUUCAAAUGUUGACAUAGAUCCACAGGUGCCAAUCACUAUUAGACGCGUGCCGACUAGCUUUCGGAGAGUUACCUUUACUAAUGAGGCCAAACAAGACAAGGAAGUCCCCGUGAAGCGAUGUGCUGUUUGCUGUAGACUGCUAUACAAGGAAGAGUACUUUGCGCUCCGGAAAGAUGAUCAAAACAUAAUCGAAGAGAAAUUCUUUCAAGCAAGGGCUGAAGCACUGGCGGAAGGAGCUACUCCCGAGUUUGCGCAAUCGAUGACUUGGCCAUUGCUGAAUUACUGUGACAAUGAUGGAAUGCGGAUUCGUGAACUUGAUGUAAAACCUGGUGGCAAACAUUCAGGCUCAAUCGUUGUCUGUGCUAGACAUAAAUCAGGGAGAAGAAAAGACUUGGACGGUGUCUUUAGUUACGUAAGUUGGAGACAGACAUAUGAUGAUUUAUUUCCUCAGAUACGGUUGUACUGAUGUGUUGUGAAUAUGUGGGUAUUAGAUGAAGUUUGUCAACGAGAAUUGGAUGUACCCAGGUGAACAACCUGAUGAAAUUAGAGACCUUAAUCCAGUCGGUGAGGGAUAUCUGAGUCCAAUUUUGGUAUUCUGUGAAU